ACGUCCUUUUUACGGCAGUUUUUGACAAGCAGGCGGGGAUUUUGUAAACACUACACAACUUUCCAAAAAUGUAGUUGAAACAUGUUUUGUUAAUUUUAAAUGUAUAAAAGUAGUCGGAGUUUGUUUUGUUUAUCGAUUUUAUCGACCGCGAAGUUAUUCAACCAGUGUCCAGGUUUAAACUGUUUGAAAAACUUUUCUUAGAGCAAUGAUUUAGUUAGCCUCGUCAGCUAACACGCUAAUAACAGCGUGGCCCGCAGCAGCGGCUGCUUCAGGUGAGAGCGGCCAGGCAUGCUGAUACUGCACCUCCUCGGAAGAUCCUCGCUUCGGUCGGGUCUAACGCGGCUUCAGCAGAGGUGCUUCUGGGGGUCCCGGAGCGUCCGGUGCCCUGAAACACGGCAGCAGGGGUCAGACAUGAUCCGGAGCUGGGCUCAGAUCAAGCGGGUCCUGUGUGUUGCUGAGAAGAACGAUGCAGCCAAAGGGAUCUCUGAGAUCAUGUCUAAUGGCAGAGCGAGGAGGAGAGAAGGACUGUCAAAGUUUAAUAAAAUAUACGAGUUUGAAUAUCAUCUCUUUGGCCAGAAUGUGAAGGUAACAACGACGUCAGUGUCAGGACAUUUACUUGCUUUGGAGUUUAAGGCACCAUUCCAGAAAUGGCACAGUUGCAAUCCUGUGUUGCUGUUUGAUGCAGAGGUUGAGAAGUAUUGUCCAGAUAAUAUGAUACAAAUAAAGAGGACUCUGGAAAGGGAAGCGCGUCAGUGUCAGGCCCUGAUCAUCUGGACCGACUGUGACAGGGAGGGAGAAAACAUAGGCUUUGAAGUGAUUGAUGUUUGCAGAACAGUGAACCCCAAUUUGCAAAUCUUUCGAGCAAAGUUUUCCGAGAUCACCCCCAACUCGAUUCGGAGAGCCUGCGAGACGCUAGCAGAGCCUGAUUCUAACGUCAGCGAUGCUGUUGAUGUCCGGCAGGAGCUGGAUUUACGAAUCGGAGCAUCAUUCACUCGAUUCCAGACGCUUCGUCUGCAGAAAAUCUUCCCAGAAUCCCUUGCCAAUCAGCUCAUCUCCUACGGCAGCUGUCAGUUUCCCACUCUGGGCUUCGUGGUGGAGCGCUUCAAAGCCAUUCAGGCCUUCAUUCCUGAGACGUUCUACAAGAUCAAAGUGCUUCAUGAAGUCGAGGAGGACACUGUGGAGUUCAACUGGAAGAGAAACCGUCUCUUUAAUCACACGGCUUGCCUCGUGCUCUACCAGAUCUGCAUGGAGGAUCCCAUAGCAACAGUCACCUCAGUAACCAGAAAACCUAAGAGCAAAUGGAGACCACUGCCUUUGGACACUGUGGAACUGGAGAAGCUGGCAUCUCGGAAGCUCGGAAUAAACGCCAAAGAGACCAUGAAAAUUGCUGAAAAACUUUAUACACAAGGCUAUAUCAGCUAUCCCCGCACAGAAACCAACAUUUUUCCUGCCACUCUCGCCCUGGCCCCCCUGGUGGAGCAGCAAACCCACAGCCAGGAGUGGGGGACAUUUGCCCAGCGGGUGCUGGACCAGCCGGGGGGACCCAACCCACGGCAGGGCAGAAACUCCGACCAAGCCCACCCUCCCAUACAUCCCACCAAGUUCACCAACGCGCUGCAGGGUAACGAAGCACGAGUGUAUGACUUCAUAGCUCGGCACUUCCUGGCCUGUGUAUCCCAGGAUGCUUUGGGGCAGGAGACGGUGGUGGACAUCGACAUCGCUCAUGAGAAGUUCUCCGCCUCUGGCCUGAUGAUUAUUGCAAAGAAUUAUCUGGAUGUUUACCCCUARGACAAGUGGAGCGCAAAGGUGAUCCCGGUGUUUGAACAAGACUCCCAGUUUCAGCCCUCCGCCAUUGAGAUGGUGGAUGGACAGACGAGUCCACCGCAGCUGCUCACUGAAGCUGACCUCAUAUCCCUGAUGGAAAAGCACGGCAUUGGCACAGAUGCCACACAUGCAGAGCACAUCGAGACCAUCAAGAGCCGAAUGUAUGUGGGUUUGACUGCAGACCAGAGGUUUCUUCCUGGAGAGCUCGGGAUGGGACUAGUGGAGGGUUACAACUCUAUGGGCUACGAGAUGUCGAAACCAAACCUUCGCGCUGAGCUGGAGGCCGACCUCAAGCUGGUGUCAGAAGGCAAGAAGGACAAACAUAGCGUGCUGCAGCAUCACGUUCAGAAAUACAAGACCGUCUUCAUCGAGUCUGUCAGGAAGGCUAAAAAGUUAGAUGAAGCUCUGGUUCCAUAUCUGGGUGCACCUCAGGAGAUCACUGAAGUCGAACAGCAGGACAUGGAGAUCCCGCUGCCGGUGAGGAAGUGUCCGAGCUGUGGUCGGGACAUGGUGCUGAAAAAGAAGAGGGAGGGAAACAGUAAGUUUCUGACGUGUGUGGGAUACCCAGCCUGUAAAACAGCCGUAUGGUUUCCUGAAACGGUGCUGGACGUCAGUAGAGAUGAAAGUGUUUGUCCCACAUGUCAGCCGAGUCCUGUUCACAUGUUGAAGUUGAAGUUUCGUAGAGGCAGCCUUCCUCCCAUGAUGCCUCUUGAAUUUGUUGGCUGCAUUGGUGGUUGUGAUGAGACGCUCAGAGAGGUGCUGGAUCUCAAAUACCUCAGGGCAAGAGGAGGAGGAGGAGGGGACCCUCCAGCUUUAAGGCCACCUGGAGCUCCAAGUUCCAAUCCCCGCCCCUCACUUCCUCCUGUCUCUUCCUGGACUCCGCAGCCAAGACCUCCACCAGAUGGCGGUGGCGUGUGUGUCGAGACCGGCGGUGACGCCAUCGUGUGCAAUUGCGGUCAGGACGCAACCCUCCUCACCGUGCGCAAAGACGGGCCCAAUCAAGGUCGCCAGUUCUACAAGUGCAACUCUGGGAGCUGCAACUUCUUCCUGUGGGCGGACCAGCCGGGGCUGCAGCAGAGCCAAGGGCCCUCGCUGUCAGCGCAGAGGGGCCCCCAGCCUCUGAGGCCAUCUGUGGGGUUCAGAAACACGCCCAGUGGUGGCAGAGGGCAAGAGGCGUGCGCGGCGGAACACGUGGGACACACAAUGUGCAAAUGCAACGAGGCGGCGGUGACGCGCACGGUGCAGAAGGACGGGCCCAACAAGGGCCGCAUGUUCCACACCUGUGGGAAACCACGAGAUCAGCAGUGUGGCUUCUUCCAGUGGACAGAUGAGAACGGAUCAACGCAAGGUGAUUCCGGUGGCUUAAACUCUGCAGGAGACAGAGGGAAGAAAGGGAGGAAGACGGCAGCGGACGAUCCCGCUAACAGACCUCCUGCCGCUAAGAGGCCACGAGCCUGCAGCAUCUGCCACGUCCCGGGACACACCCGAGUCACCUGUCCCCAGCGGUGACCUCGGAUCUGCUUUCAAAAGCAGCACCAAGUCCCGACGGUCGGAGCGUCUCCCUGCACGACUGAAAACUUCCAGACAGAGCUUCAUUGUUGGGCUGCAGCGCGACAUACGCUGGUGACAACAGAUGGUGCCACUUUUCUUUCACUUUUCAUUCUGUUCUGGCCUCUCAAAUCUGUGUUUGAAAAAGGACUGGAUGGAGAGAAAGAAAGAAAGACAGACAGACAGACAGACAGACAGACAGACAGACAGACAGACAGACAGACAGACAGAUAGACAGACACACACACACUUUAGGAGGACUUUUAACAUGUUUUCUGACAACAGACGCACUAUUUGAACUGUUUUAUUAAAACUUAAAUAAAAAAAAAACAUGUUUUCUACA